AUUAUCAUCAAUCAUUAUUUUUACUCCCCAAAACACCAAGAAAAACAACAGCUGCCUGCUGGUUUUGAUUGGGAGAGGAUGAGAGUGAGAGAGCAUUAUGCGAAUCCUUUGUGACGCUUGUGAAAGUGAUCCUGCUAUUGUCUUCUGUGCUGCCGAUGAGGCUGCUCUUUGCCGUGCCUGUGAUGAAAAGGUCCAUAUGUGCAAUAAGCUUGCUAGCCGCCAUGUCCGGGUGGGUCUAGCAAAUCCCAGUGAUGUUCCUCGCUGUGAUAUAUGUGAAAAUGCUCCUGCUUUCUUUUACUGCGAGAUAGAUGGAAGUUCCCUUUGUUUGCAAUGUGAUAUGAAUGUACAUGUUGGAGGUAAAAAGACCCAUGGAAGAAAUCUUCUAUUAAGGCAGAGAGUGAAGUUUCCAGGGGAUACACAGGCGGAUCCGAGUGAGACCGGAAGAGGCCAAACUCAGCUAGCUAAACCAACAAUAGGAGAGAACCAACAGAAUCACAAGGUCUCUCCUGCACAAGUGAUGAGUGCUAAAAACCUCAAGACUGAUACUAACAUGAUAGAUUUGAAUAUGAAGCCUCAUCGAAUUCAUGGGCAAGCCUCGAACAAUCAGGAACUGUAAUUCGAUAUUCUCAGCAGAGGUGGUAAUGACCACUGAUCAGGAGUCGUGGUUUCGAUUGGUUAUUUUUUAUUUAGAAGCCUGAGCUUGGGGGAGUUCUUGCCAUAAUUAGUCAAUCUAUCAUCUCCACUUCUAUCUCCAGAGCUUAGUUGUUUACACCAGUUUCCAGAGAGCUUCCGAGGGUCAUACUGCAAGGCGAAAGAAUGUAAUCCACAUCCAGUGCCAAGAAAUGAUCUGUAAUAUGUCAUUCUUUUGUGAGGUUUGCUUGUAAUGGUUGAAAUUGCCUUGUGAAAAUUGUACUUUUUGUAUGACUUUAUCAAAUAACUUGGAAAUAAUUGAUAAUGCUUGAGAUUAAUGCUUAAAUAGUAAUGUUAUAUUCCCA